CCACUGUACACAAUCGAAUCGCAGUUGCUCGCGCUUUUGAACGACAGCCGCUAGCCGCUCUCAUUCACUCGUAGCCACGCGCGCUGUACGGAGGCACGGAAGCCACAACAGCAUAGAUAGAUUAACUAACUGAUCGCAUACUCAAAUCGACUCACUGCCGUAGCCGAUAUGAACAAAUACGCUCUGAUCGCAGUGUGCCUGUUGGCCGCCUUGGGCGCCCUGUUGCUGGAGGUGCGCGCCAGUCCUAGUCCACAGAAGCUGACCUCGAGUCAGCUGGAGAGCGUCUCGGCGCAGUUUCUGCCGCCAGAGUUUCGCAACACGAACGUCAGCAUGGAUGAUGUUAAGCGCGUUUACCGCGAGAAGUGCAAGAAGGUGACUGGCACAGAUAAUGCAACGCUAUACAAGGAUAUCGAGGAUGCUGCCGGCAAGCUGAGCGCCUGCCUGAGCGGGCUGGCCAAUCUGACGGCCCUGCAGGAAGAGAUGGAAAAAGCUCGCCCGAUUGGCGAACUGGACACCGUCUUCCACAAGUACUGCAAGCGUGCGCCCGAGGCCGAGGGUUGUGUGCGCGAAUUCAAUGACAAGGUUAAGCCCUGCUUGAGCGCCGAGGAGCUGCGUCAGCAGGCAACCAUGAUGCGGCUGGGCGCUUCCCUGCUGAACUUUGCCUGCUCUCGUGGUGGCGAUCAGAUUGCGCUAUUUGUUGCCGAGCAGGGCCCCGAGUGCCUGGAGGCCAACAAAGAGAGCAUCAGCAACUGCCUGAACAGAUCAUUCCAUCAGUAUAUACCCAAGGAUGGCCAAGUGCCCGAUCUGAUGAGCCGCCCCGAGCUGCUCUUCUCGCCCACGCACUGUGUCGACCUGCAGAGCUUCGAGAGCUGUGUGCUGCAUCAUCUGGAACAGUGCGCUGAAAUCACGCCCGCCAACAUUGUCCAGUCGAUCUUUCGCUUCGUGAAGAACGAGACCGACUGCAAGGCGUGGAUGGAUGCCCGUGCCAACGAGCGUCCCAUUCUGUUGGCCAGCGGCAAUAACACUGGCGGCGGGGCCGCCACACUAGUCACGACCCUGGGCGGCACCUUGGCCCUGACGCUGAGCGCCUUCUUGCUGCGUAACUAGACUAGCAUUUAGAAUUCAUCAUGCCCAGAAUUGCGUUAGAGUUGAUAAAUGUUUAAAGUAUUCCUUAUUUCCAUAUAUAUCAUUAAUAUAUAUAAUUAUUUUUUUUUUCUUAUCUGCAAUAAUGAGCGUAGUUAUAACGUUUCCGGCAAGUAUUUUGUAAUCAAUUUUUUUUUUUGUUUGAGUGCUUAUAUACGGUACUUUGUAAUUUAAUGACAACUUUAUUUAUUGCCUAUAAUAAACAAACAAUUACGAUAUGUGAGCCAACAUCUACCCUUCGAAGGAAUGCCAUUAAUAUUCCAGACUUGUAAGCAAUCUGAGGCAUAAUAGACGUGAUCGAACGAACGCCUAAUCAUCAGCAAAUAUAACAGAAAUG